AUGUCGAAAAAUAAAAGUUCCUUCUUGUUCAGAAUUUACUUUGAAAUAAACUUUAAAAAUUUUCAAGAUAAUGAAUUCGAAGAGUGGCGCUUCAAUCAGUUAGUUAACAUUGCCGAGAUAGAUAAUAACACUGGAAUGCCUCGAGGGAGUACACAAUCGAAUGAUGUGCUUAUGUAUGAUGAAUGGAUUCACCUUCAAAAUGAGUGGAUUUAUGUGCAGGGUGAAUGGAUUCAAAAUAAUUUGAAUGUUGAAGUGUUUGAUACUGCUGUGUCAAGCCUUAUAAAUAAAGUUGCUGCAUUUACCUCAAAUAAUAGCAACUUAAACUCAUGUGAUCAUAUUACUGCUGAGAAAGAUUUGAAAGAAUAUGAUGAAGAACAAGAGAAAAUCAGAACAACAUUAAGAAUUAAUCGUGAUAAGCCAAAAAAAGAAAAGAAAAAAAUACUUUCGAAAGGGAAAAAAUUGCUUGCGAAUUUUUGUCAAUGUUUUACCCCUUCUUCAACAUCUCCUCCACACUCUUCUCGUCACGAAACUUCCACUCAUCACAAACCUUCAACAUCUCAUCGUGAAACUUCUCCACCAAACACAAAAAACCAGUGUGAAGUACUAAUCGAAUUAAUUAUUCACUGCAAAGUGUUUAUUAGAGAUUUACAUUCUGAAAGUGGCGAAGGCUCUUUGAUUGAUAUAUUCUCUUUUAUGGAAAAACAUGAAGAACUUGAUAAUCUUAUACAAAUUUUAAAUUUGUCUAAAAUUCAAAGUAAAGAGUUAGAUAAAGCUAUAAAUGAGAGAAUUUAUCAGGAGCAUUUGGAGAAUAAAAUGAGAAAAGGAUAUAAAAAUGCAAUUGUGCAAGGGGCUGGUCCUGUUGGUUUAUACGCUACCUACAAACUUUUUAUUGAAGGAGUGAAUGUAACUCUAGUAAAUGAUCGUUCUGAAGCGUACAUACGAAAUCGAGUUGUCUUUUUUGACCGAAAAUGGAUGUCACAAUUACGUUUCUUUUUGGGCACUGAAUUUAAUAUAUUAUUUGAUAAAGAAGGGAACUCGUUGGGAAGUUUACUUGAUGAAGAUAUUGGGUUUGUUAAUAUAAAAAAUAUGGAAAAUGUUUUGAAGGAACGGUUAAAAAAGCUAUCAAAUUAUAUAAUUAAAAAAGAAGGAAAACAAGGAAACUUAUUCUUAAAUUUGCUAUAUGAGACAGCAGUUUUGGACAUAAACACACAAUAUGGAAAGCCUUUGGCUGUUCUUGGCACUCCAGCUAAACAAUUCAAUCCCUCUGCCCAAACCUUUUUGCAGUCUGUGGCAAAUAAACACUAUAAUGGAGAUUACCAACAAGCACAUGAUUCCCUAUUGCAGAGCUAUUUGGAACAAAUUAAACAACAUUUUGGAGAUGAAAAUCCUUACUUUGCUUAUACUCGUUAUAAAGGAGAUAAUGCUGUGGAGUAUAUAAAGGCUGAAACCCUUGCCCAACUUCAAGUUGAAGGAAAAGCUUUUGGAAUUAAAAAUUUAGGAGAAGAAUUGAGGGAAAUUGGAGGGAUACCAAUUCAGACAUCUUUUGGAAGGAAUGAUGUAGGAAUUCCUUUUGAUUUGUUUUUCUGUGCUGGUGGUGCAAAUGAUCAAAUCCGCAAUCAAUUUUUGGAUUUCCGUCGUUUAUCCAAUCACUUUAUCUUGCUAAAAAGCUGUAUUAUUUCCAUAUUUUCAGAGCCAGCACAACAAUUGACAGAAUCAAAAAAUUAUGGUGUUGUUAUCUUCAAUAAAAAGGAUCGCAGCAUUAAAGUCUUUGAAGAUUCUGCUGCUUUCUACCGUGAUCCUAUGGCUGAUAUGAGGAAACAUCUGAUAAAACAGAAUAUUAAUGAAUUAAUUUGGCAAGCUGAUUUUCUUUCUGAUGAACUUAAAUCAAUGUAUGCUAACUUAACUAAAAUGAUUUUAAAAGAUGAUUAUAUUGUUGUUCGUCUUUUUGAGUCAAAUCCAACAUUGCAUAUUGCUUCAAUAACACCUAGAGCACUUGUAAAAUUUAUUGAUGCAUUUAAUAAAGAGAGAAGAAGCCGUGCUAAUGAAUUGCAUCAAGAUGAAAAUAAUUUGUUUUUGCAACUUAUUUCCAUGGGAGAUUUAGAGCGUUGGCAUGAAUUAAUUGAAAUGAAAGACAAAAAUGAACAAAUAUUAAAACAAUAUGACGAUUUUCACGAAGAGUUACAAAAGAAAUGGGCCAGGGCUCUUUUUAGUUAUAUGGGUAAGCUCCUAAUAAUAAUUCCCAGAAAGUUACAAGUCGGUUCUGCCCGGCGAAAUUAUUUAUUCUUAUCUUAUUCUUAUCCAAACUUAAUUUACAUAUUUUAUAGAAAAAUUUAAGGUCGAUGGGGAGUUGAGAAUGGAGUUAAUGAUGAAGGGUUAAAUGCCGCUUUGAAAAAAGUUCGAAGACGAGUACUCGAGAAAGCACAGGAAUAUGUAAAGAUAAAUCACGGAGUAACAAUGGACCUUGAAAAUUGAAGAAGAAGUUGAGGGUUUUCACGUCUUUAUAGUUUAGAAA